AAACAUGUUCUUAUUUUUUUUUUUUUUAACACUAAAGUUGCAUUAAAAGAAUGAAGAGCUGCGGCCAAAGUUUUCAUCCAACGGGUUUUCACAGUUGGAUCUAGGGAUGUCAACGGGGUCUCGCGGGGUCGGGGAAGCCCUUCCCGUCCCCGUCCCCGCAAAUGACGAGGACGGGGAUCCCAUUACCCGCGGAGAUCCCCAGCAAAUCAACUUCGACUUCAACUUUGAGCAGCAACAGCAGUGGCGUAGCAACAACGUGGUGGAGCAAUGGUGCAGCCAUGGCGGGGCAGUGGCGCAACCGUGGCGGGGCAGUGGUGCAGCCGUGGCGGGGCAGUGGUACAGCAGCAGAAACAGCAGUAGUGGCGCAGAUGGAUUUGGUUUGGUAGCAGCAGUCCAGACUCCAAUUCCAAGCAGAAGGAAUUUAUUGUUAAUUCAUGAGCGGAAGAUAAAUCGCCAAGACAAGCAAGAGCAAGCAGUGCAGAUUUCGCAGACACAAGCCUUGCAGACCACAGUUAAUUCAAGGGCUGUAGAUCGAGGAAAAGAAAUCUGGAAAGGCAGACCAAGAUCUGGCAGACCGAGAUCUGACAGAUUGGAGGAAAGUUCAGCCACUGGAAUUCAGAAGAGGUGGCAGAACAGAAAUUAUCAAGCUGCAGAUAAUAGAUCCAAAUCUGCAGGAAAGGCAAAUAUUGAAUGCUUCAGAUGUCAUAAGUAUGGCCAUUAUCGUUCUAAGUGCCAUGCUAAUCUGAAUAGAGGAGAAAGUUCCAAUUUUGCAGAACACAAUGAGAAGAAUGACGAUUCCUCUCUAUUCAUGGUCUGUCAUCCUAAAGAAGUCAGCAAGAAGAAUGUGUGGUAUUUGGAUAUUGGUUGCAGCAAUCACAUGUGUGGAGACAAAUCUACGUUUUCAGAUUUGGAUGAGUCUUGUCAAGACAAGGUGAAAUUUGGUGAUAAUUCCACUAUUGCAGUCAAGGGAAAGGGAAAGGUAACCAUUCGUGCCAAAGACAAUUCAAUUCAGACUAUUUCUAAUGUUCUGUAUGUACCAAAUUUGAAGUCGAAUCUGCUUAGUCUGGGACAACUUCAAGAAAAAGGAUAUGAAAUCCUUAUUAAAGAUGGAGUUUGCCAAAUUCGUGAUUCAAAGCUUGGCCUGAUUGCAAAGGUCAAGAUGACGGGAAAUAGGUUGUUUCCAUUAUACUUGCAGACCAUAAAUCUGUCAUGUUUAUCUGCUAGAUUAAAGGACACAGCUUGGUUAUGGCAUUGCCGAUUUGGACAUCUUUAUUUUGGUGGGUUGAAAGCUUUGCAGCAGAAGAAGAUGGUAAAUGGUCUUCCUCAUUUUGAUUCUCCUUCAAAAAUUUGUGAAAUCUGCGUGACCAAGUCAAAAGCCUUAGCAGCCUUUAAAAAUUUUAAAGUCUUGGCUGAGAAUGAGGUUGGUAGAUCUGUAAAGGUUCUACGGACAGAUCGUGGUGGUGAGUUUAAUUCAAAGGAAUUUGCAGAUUUUUGUGAGUCCAAUGGCAUUAAAAGGCAACUCACAGCAGCCUAUACACCUCAGCAGAAUGGUGUAUGUGAGAGGAGGAAUCGCACAAUCAUGAAUAUGGUGCGAAGUCUGAUGUCAAAGAGCGACUUGCCUAAGGAGUUUUGGCCAGAAGCUAUUAAUUGGAGUGUUCAUAUCUUGAAUAGAAGUCCCACAUCUCCACUUCCAGAUUUGAUGCCAGAAGAGGCUUGGAGUGGAUAUUUCGAAAAUGGAGAAGAUCUGACUGUGCAGAACUCAGAAGGUCAAACUUUAGUAGAUCUCGAGGUUUCAAGACAGACGGCUGAAGAAAUUCUGCCUACAGAAGUAGAGUUCAGUACUGGAGGAAGUCUGCUAACAACACCAGAAUUGGAAUUUGGAACUAGUUCUAGACCUCAACGCAAAAAGAGAAGACCAGUAUGGUUGGAAGAUUAUGAGGUAACAGAUCUAUCUCAAGAUAAUGUUCCAGUUAAUCAUUUUGCUUUAUUUGUAGAUUGUGAUCCCUUAACAUAUGAAGAAGCUGUUAAAGAAGAAAAGUGGCAAAAGGCCAUGGCAGAAGAAAUUGGUUCUAUUGAAAGGAACCAAACUUGGGAGUUGACAGAUCUUUCAAAAGGGCACAAAACAAUUGGUGUUAAGUGGAUCUACAAGACAAAGCUCAAAGAGAAUGGGACGGUUGACAAAUUCAAAGCUCGCUUGGUGGCAAAGGGUUACAAGCAAGAGUUUGGCAUUGAUUAUCAAGAAGUUUUUGCUCCAGUUGCAAGGAUGGAUACCAUCAGAUUGGUGUUGGCGAAUAGACUUAAAGCUGUAUUACCAGCGAUUAUCAGUGAAUCUCAAUCAGCUUUCUUGGGAGGACGUCAAUUAGUUGAUGGCGUUUUGGUUUUGAACAAGGUGGUGGAGGAAGUUAAAAGAAGGAAACAGCCGGCUUUUAUUUUUAAAGCUGAUUUUGCAAAGGCAUAUGAUUGUGUGGAUUGGACAUUUUUGGAAUGGAUGAUGGACAGAUUGGGGUUUGGAAUAAAGUGGAGAGGUUGGAUCAUGGAGUGCUUGUCGACUUCUAGAAUCAAGAGCAACAUUUAUGGGUAUAACGUGACAGAGAGAUGGGUUGAAGGAGCAGCCAGCAUGUUGCGAUGUGGAGUUGGGAAAUCUCAUUUUAGUUACUUGGGUAUGCCUGUUGAUGGAAAUCCUGGGAACAAGAAGUUAUGGGAGCCGCUAGUUAAUAAAUUUCGAACCAAACUUGCUGUCUGGAAAGCUACUUCGCUGUCCUUUGGUGGCCGCCUCACUCUGCUUAAUUCGAGAAAUUUUUUAUGGGGAGGGGUAGAGGGACAGAGGAAAAUCUCGUGGGUGAAAUGGGAUAAGGUGUGUGGGAGUAAGGCAAAAGGGGGUUUAGGGGUUGCGGAUCUUCGUAGGAAGAAUUGGGCUUUGCUAGGUAAGUGGUGGUAUAGGUUUGGAGAGGAUGUGGAGAGCUUGUGGAAACGGAUAGUAACUGAGAAAUAUUAUGGGGGCAAGAGAGAGGAGGUAAACAUUACAGCUGUUGGGAAUUGGAAGACGUAAAAAAUCUGGAGAGAUAUUAUCAGCGUAGGGGGUCGUUCUAGAAGGCUUAAAAGUAUGUUGGUGGAGGGUUUUAGGUGGGAAGUGGGGGAAGGGAAUCGGGUGAGCUUUUGGAGAGAUUUGUGGGUCGGGAAUAAAAAUUUACGGGAUUU